GCAGAGAAAGAAAAAAAAAGAACAAAAAAAAUCCAUUGAAGAAGAAGAAAAAAAAAUGGGAGCAGUUUGCAAGUUGAUCGAUGCAGUUCUCUUCUUAUACUUUGCUCUAAUGGCGAUCGUUGCGCCGCUCAUCGACGGUCAAAUGAGUCUUCCCGGCGAUAUCUACCCGGCGUUUCUCGUCGAUCUGAAUCGCUGGUACAUCGAUGAAUUUGGAGAUUACCUAGCCAAAGAGAAGCCGCAUUUCCUCGUCGGACUCAUCUGGAACGAGCUUUUACUUCUUUGGCCGCUAUCGAUCGUCAACGUCUACGCAAUUCUCGCCGGAAAAUCAUGGUUCAGUACCACUUCCAUGGUGUACGGAGCUUCCGUCGUGACUUCUAUGGCUGCUAUACUGGGAGAGAUGAUAGGUUCAGGGAAGGCAUCUGAGAAAUUGUUGAUGAUUUAUGUGCCAUUCAUGGGAAUUGGUAUUCUAGCUCUUCUUCGCGGUCUUCUCUCUCAAUCCAACAAAAGCGGUGGAGCUGUUGGCAAGAGACCUGCUAUUUUGGCCAGGAGAAAGCGUGCUUGAGGUAGUUCUGAUCAAGCAUGUGACUUUUCUAUUUUGUCUCAGAGAAUUUCUGCUUGAUUGGAUUUGGCUUUCAACUUUUCAAUGAGAAAAUUUUGAACCUUUCUGCUGAAUUCUUGUUGAAGUUACUGUUUUUUAGCAAUAUCAACAGUUCACCUCACAAAUUACACAACCCAAGACAGGUUUUAUCAGCUUAGAUUUUUUUAGGUUUGGUCAAUAGAAAACCAUAGCCAACAGCCAAAAACUCGUUACGCUCUCUUGCAAAACAGAGAGUCUUGGGAAGAAAAGGUGUGAACUUUU